AUGUUUGCUGAGGUCAAUUGGCCCAAUUUGGCUCUAUUUCUCAUAGUUGCAAUCACAGCCAAUCGCCUCUACUACAUUGCAAAGAACGCCUAUUUACUGAGGAAAUGGAACACAGGCACGCCAAAAGCUUACCGAACGGGAUUUCUGGGACUCUUGUAUGUCAAGAAGCUCAAAGCCUUGCGUAGUAGUGGAUACUUCCAGGAUUAUUUGAAGCUGCAAUAUGAUGAAUUGGAUACCAACACUUUUACCCAAAGUGUUCUAGGACAGAAGGUAAUUGUGACUAGAAGUCCACAAAAUAUGAAGGCUGCAUUAUCAACUCAAUUUGAUGACUUCGGAAUCGGGCCCAGAAGAGCAGCAUUCCGCCCGCUUUUGGGAAAUGGAGUGUUCGCUGCUGAUGGCCACCAAUGGAAGGACUCUCGAAUGAUGUUACGACCACAGUUCACAAGAGAACAGGUUGGUCAUGUCAAAGCAUUGGAACAUCAUUUGCAGACGUUUGUUCUGAUCAUACGUAAGCAGAAUGGCCAGCCAUUUGACAUUCAGCCUAUUUUCAGUGAUUUGACCUUGGAUGCGUCCACUGAGUUUCUAUUAGGGGAAAGCGUCCAUUUCCUUCGAGAUAGAUUGAUGGAGCAGACAAAAAAGUCACAGGAUGAUGAGAUAAGUGAGAGUUAUGGCCCCGUGGAGAAACGAGACUCAGAAAAGUGUAGUGACUACGAUUUUAGCAAGGAGAGGGUGUCAUUCGAAAAUUCUCUCAAGAGACUACUGGAGGUUUUGGCACAGAGAGCCAGUUUACUCAAAUAUUACUGGCUAAUUGACUUCAAGUCGUUUCGAGAGGAUAUCCAAACCGUGCAUGACUUUGCGCUGAGAUUCGUCCAGCAAGCCCUUGCAAUGUCUCCCGAAGAAUUAGAGUUCAAAUCCAGAGACUCCUACACCAUUCUCUACGAGCUUGUGAAGGUAAGUAGAGAUCCCAUUGUAGUUCGGGACCAGAUGCUCAAUGUGAUGCUCGCUGGGCGUUCCACUACCGCCAGCCUUUUGACAUCCACCAUAUUUGAAUUGUCCCGCCAUCCUAAGGUGUGGCAGCGGCUUCGUCAAGAAGUUAUUUCCUAUUUUGGACUGGGAGAAUCACCGUAUGACCUAGAAAACAUCACGUUUGAAUCUUUGAAGAGAUGCACCUAUCUAAAAUGGGUUAUUAACGAAACACUUCGACUUUAUCCACCUGUUGGCUCCAACUUCCGGAUGGCUCGCCGUGAUACUACAUUGCCCAAUGGCGGUGGACCUAACGGUACUCAGCCAAUCUUGGUAAAUAAGGGCCAAAUUGUUGCAUUUCACAUCUACUCGGUGCAAAGGCUGCGGGAAUUCUUCGGAGAAGACGCAGAAACCUAUUUACCUGAAAGGUGGGCGAACCUUUCCAAGAUCGGAUGGGCAUUCAUGCCCUUUGGCAGUGGACCCCGGGUAUGUUUGGGCCAGCAAUUUGCACUUACAGAGACGUCCUACGUGAUAGUCCGUUUGGCCCAAUUGUUCCCGGAGAUCGCUUCGUUUAGUGAUACAUACCCUCCACGAAAGACACCCAAUGCUACCAUGCAGCACAUGGACGGGGUUCAAGUCUCCUUCAAAUAG